AUGUCGGACAACAAGAGUUCUUUUCACCCGGCUUUUGCUGUGUCUAAUAUCAAAAGCAACAUCCCCAUUACCCUUGAAAUGGAGAACGUUGCAUAUUAUACUUGGGCGGAACUAUUCAAGGUACACGCUCGAUCUCACAAGGUUCUCAACCAUACUAUUGCUCCGAAGACAAAGGUCGCUGCCCCUUCAACCGAUGCGGAUAAGGAGCUCUGGUUGACUUUGGACGCAACGGUUCUUGGGUGGAUUUAUUCCACGAUUUCUAGAGACCUGUUAAACACCAUUAUUGAACCUGAUUCCACAACAAUGGAGGCUUAG